CCCAAUGGACUCAGAAUGGGUAUAAAUUGUCCGGGGGUAAAGGUCAUUAUGCCUGAGGGCAUGACCCCAUUUCGGGAAUGGCCUUGGCUUAUGCAAGAAGAGUUAGCUGCAUUGGUCACAGUCGUGAUUAAAACUGGGGUACUUACACUAUAUGCUCCAGGGUGCUUAGGGUUCUCAGUGAGAGCUGAUAGACCCUGUGAGGAGUGCCAAAGCCGCAUUAAUCAUUCUUGGCUCUUGCGUGUCCAACGCCACAUUCAGAAUGGCCUUCCUGAAACAACCCCUUACAAGCACCUAGGAAUGGCCAAACUACUUGAGGUUUUGCGACGCAAAGACCGUCAGAUUGAUGCUCUCAAGCUUGGCCAUCUGAAUAGCAUUCGAAAACUCCGAGUACUCACAACAUCAAAUCUUGAUUACAAAAGAUUUGUUAUUGCAGUCGCAGAAUGCGAUGCUCCACGCAUUAAUGUUCUUGUCCGUUCUGCUCUAAAAAAUAGACGGGGCAUGGGAGAUAUAAUCCAUCUCAUUGGGAAGGCAGCAAUUGGGAGUUACCAUCCACAAUACACAGAGAGGGAACAGCUGAUGAGCGUUGUUCUGUAUCGGCUAGGUGGUUCAAGACUAGCCGAAUUUGCACAUGCUGCAUUGGGAAUGCCAGGCCUGACUGCCAUCAAGCAACACUGUACAACAUCCAUCCUCGCAUCAGCAGCUUUCCCAAAUUUGGAAGGACUUACUCGGAACAUUGACUCAGCUUAUGAGUUGAACUCCCCCUUAGGAGAUGGAGUGAUGGGACUUGUCUGUAUGUUUGAUGAGAUCAAAGUCGAAGAGGGACUGGACUGGUGUCCACGUACCAAUUCUAUCAUUGGCCUAUGUCGCGAGCAUUCAGGUCCGGAGGGACAUAUCUUCACCAAUUUAGAUGAUGCGCAGGUUAUAUGUGAAGAUUUGAGGGAAAAAAAAGUACAUCUUGGGACGGAGGCCACCGUUGGUGCAAUAGGAGCAUUAACUGAAACACACCGAGGAUAUAUUGCACGUCCAUUCCUAAUCAGUGCAACUUGCAAACGGGAGACUGCUGAUCAGCAUGCCGAGCUUCUGAGUGUCGCAUGGAGGGCAUGCGCUCAAAAAGACAAGACCCUCAAAGGGCAGGUGUAUUGCUUAGCAUCAGAUGGGGAAUCACGGCGUGGAAAGGCCCUUGUUUCUCUCACUGAACACACUCGACUGUCACCUUCAUCUGCCAUAUAUCCAUUUCUCCAAAACCUCUCGCUACUGAACCUAAUGGUAGGAGAUAACGAAGUAACAUCAGACAAGGAUUACAAACAUGUUUUUAAACGUUUGCGACAUGCUUGCCUUCGUACAAGUGGCAUCUCCAUUGGUUGCUCUCAAAUUACUCCAUCCAUCCUCCGAGCACAACUCCAAUCAAACGGCUAUUCAGCAGAUCGCAUCAAUAAUGUUCUGAAUGUGACCGAUAAACAGGAUGUAACGACGAUGCUGAACCUGAUGGAUAUGAUCUGGAGACUCCCAUCCCCUCCACCCACAUUCCUGCCGAUUCAACACAAGAGUCGCAUUGCACUCAACCACCUUUCAAAGAUUCUACAGUGGCUCAUUCUUCCCUAUAUAAACAUCGGAUUGAGCCUCUAUGAGCAACUGAAAUAUCUCAGUGCUGCGGCUCAUCUGUCGUACAUUUUUUACACUCACAAAAAUACACGAUCCUCCUUCCUCCCAGCAGCCCUAUAUCGAGACAUUCAAAUUAUGGUCAAGAAUGUCUUCUUUUGCGUUGCAAAGGCAAAGCGGGACAAACCAAAUGGAAAUUUUUACAUAAUUCUUCUGGGAACCGAUAGAUUAGAGUGGAUGUUUGGGUUCACUCGGGCAGAGAAUGGGUACAAUGUCAACUUUGGGACUUACUCACUCUCAAACCGCAUCUCGGGUGCUGUGGAAUGUCAUGCCAUCCUCUCUGAGCAUCCAGAAUGGGAUCGUGGUCCACGUCGACUAAGGCUCCGAGGUUUCACUGAUGCUGGUGGAAUUGAACAAAAAGUUGAUCACAUCAACCCCGCAUCCUGGAAGGGCAAUGUCCAAGUUGCCAGUGUGCAGCUAGUCUCAGCUUGGAAAGCUGGGCGUUACCUUGUAGAAAAUGACAAGGACCUCACAGAGUUUGACCCGGCCCAGAAGCUAAAUGAGUUGGAAUCACAGCGUGGUCCCGACCUUUUAAAUCCUUUUGGGUCAAGCAUACAUGACGAAGAUAUCGAGGAUUCAACUCACACAUAUGACCUGCAACCUUUCCCUGAAGGACUCACGGCAUCGGCAAUAUCUUCACUGGAACUCGAAGAUCUGGCAGAUAAUGAAUAUGCUCAUCAAAGUGGAUUAGAAAGUACCAUUGAGCUGCCUGAUGGGAAACGAGUUCAUAAAGCAAAAGUCUUACGAGAGUUCACCAAAUACUCGACAACUUCCAACUCCACGGACCGUUUGAGACGAGUUGCUAAUAUUUCGAAGUUUGCACAACCUGUGUCUUCACUUAGCCAUCACAUUGGUGAUGAUGCUGUCGUGGGGCCAGAAUGUAUACUUGUCCAGGACCCUAUCGCUGUACUUCUUCGAUGCGGUGGUAUCCCAUUUCUGGGGAUUGCCCAGGUCAACUCUAUCAAAGUAGACGGCAGUAGUCAAACAUCCGUGGAGAAAGACUUACUACGUGAGGAGAAGGUUUCAUUUGGAAUCCAAAUACUCCACUUGAAACCAUCUAACGUGGCGCUGUCGGAUGGGGCUGAGGGUGACUGGGUGUGGGAAAAGGGGGUCGACGCGAGCAUCGUAGUUCCUGGGAAAUACCUUCAACAAAUUGGCCCAGAACUUGUUAAUGGGAAAACUGGUGGAGCCGUUGGAAUCAUCGGUUAUGGAUUCCGCAGUGAUGAACUGAGAGAACUUACGGCCAUGAUGUUCAAAAGUCUCAGUGGGGAUGACUUGCGUGCAAUGGUAGAGAUCAAGCACACUGAUAGCUUUCCAUACAGAUUUGAAGGUGUGUGGAGGGUUUGUUUUGCGUGUGAGGUUGAAGGGACAGAGAGAGACAUCCUCGACAACAACAACAACUCAUGCCCUGAAUGUCACGCGCUCCUGGAAACAACUCCGAAGCUGCUCACUCACAUUGCCGCUCAUAUUCUCUAUGACCCUAAAGUCGAUCGGUCCUGUGAACCCUGUGGCCUCUGCCUUCUCCCUAAUCCCUUGUGUAAAUUUGUCUUGAAGCGAAGCAAGGGUGCUCCAGCGAUCGAUUUUACUAAAUCAUCAUGCCCCCGAAUUACAAAAUUCUCUUAUGGUCCGGCUAGUACUGCAUCAUCAACUAAUCCAUGCAGUAAUGUUCCACUUAAAUGCCCCCGCUGCCCUAAGGAUUCCAGCGCUGUCUGGAAAUACAACAUGGAGGCCCAUUACCAUAGCAAGCAUUACCCAAUCCGGCCUUCAUCGGAAUUCCAGGUCACUGAUUUUGAGGCAGAGGGACUCAAAGUAGUCUGGAAUGGCCGUCAUACAGCAAACAGAGCAGAGAUGAGACGGAGGAAACAACUUCCGGCUCAUUUUAACAUCUCAGAUGCACAUAGCUCACGAGUUGCGCUAAGAUCUACAGACCUUGAGGCACAGUCUAAAUCGUCUCAAUGGGUACCCAAAGAGGAUGUCGAAAAUAUGGUCCCAAAUGACGCGCAACGCUCCCCCAAUCCUGGCUCCCCCACUCUGAACAAUAGCCUUCCUCCACAUUCGACACCUGCUAAUUCCCUGAAUGCCCCCGCUUCAACAUAUGCCAGUGGACGACCAAUGCGCAGGGCAAUAAAGCGCGCCACCGCUCUCCAUGUUUGUUGUACAAGACAAAUUACUGCGGAAGAAAUCGCAGAUGGCACAACCAUUGUUCAAUGUCAUAGGACUGGUUGUGAAACAGUUUGGUUUCACCGAGCAUGUCAAGGGCUCGGCUCAUACAUUCCUCCUGGAUGGAGUUGUGGGUCACAUGAGAUUGUUCGCACCAAUAAGCGUGUAAAAAAGCUUUGAAUUCUCUUAGUUAGACUGCAUAUGAAUUGAU